AUGUCUCAACCUCAACACAUGCACACUUUCUGCGACAAAUUAUCCAUAAACUUCACACAAACCAGCCAAUACAAUUCAAACCGUGAAACCCUCCUCUCAUCUCUCCGUGACCGUUCCUCUCUCGGAACCUAUUACAACGCAACAGUCGGUCUUAGCCCCGACACAGUUCAUGGCAUGUUCCUCUGUAGAGGAGACAUCACAAAACAAUCUUGUUCGAACUGUGUGAACACUGCAACCCUAGAAAUCACUAAAAACAACUGCACUAAUAUAAAAGAUGCUAUAGUAUACUACGAGGAGUGUAUGGUUCGAUACUCUAGCGUUUCCUUCUUCGGUCUCGUCGAAAAUGGGCCUUGGUCCUCUAGAUUCUCUGUCUCCUCUUUUCCUGAUUCCUUGUUCAAUCCUUUCCAACGAACUCUAUCAGAUAAGGUAGAGCAGCUAAUUAUCCUCGCAACAUCUCAGUCUUCUUUGUCUUCUUUGACGCCGUAUUACGUCAGGGACAGAAACAGAGUGAAUGAAUAUGAUGGAUCAUAUACAUUAGACACAAUGGUUCAGUGUAGUCCUGAUCUUGAUCCAGCAAAUUGCAGCGUCUGCUUGAGACUUGCGGUGCAAGGAGUGUCAAGCUGUUGUAACAAUGCUCGCAUAGCUCAGUUCUAUAUUCCUAAAUGUUUUUUGAGGUAUGACACAAGCGGUUUGCCAAUAACUCAGUCACCCAGCGGCUCAUUCUCUGUUCAUGCUAUGAAAGGAAACGAAAUAUAUGUGAGGAUAUUCAUAACAGCCAUGACAACUUCGUUGUUAGCACUUGCGGGUCUAUGA